ACCAAACCAUUACUUUUUUUGAAGUCUGGUUAGUGACUUCUCAGUACUACAAAAGAGAAACAGCGAUAAAACCAAAGAAGCUUUUCUGUACACAUUAACUAAUGGGCUGGGAGAGGGAUCUGUUUUAAAACUCUUGUGUAGGAUGAAAGUCUGUAAAAUAUCAGAAUUUCUGGCCAAGGCAGAGAAGGAUUUUUCUGAUUGUGUAAUACCAGCCUUUUACCAAAAUUAGGGGAGCAGAGAAUUGCUUCCAUUUUAAGUAGUACCGUCAGUGAGAAUGUAAAAAUGUAUGAGCUGGACAGAAAAUUUCAAGUUGCUGCUUCUUUGGAAAUCUCUUUUCAUGGAGAUCUAGGGUUAAAUUCUUUUCUAAGUUCUCUUGACACCAUAUCAACAAAACAGUGCUAGAGUAAUUGAGGGAGACCUGGCUGCUGCUACCUCUGGACUAUUUUAUCUAUGUGUAGUCUGACCUUUUCUUACCCAUACUGUGACAGCAUGUCAUGUGCAUGUCCACGUGAGGAAUAAUGUCCUUGAAGACUGCUUUGUAGAAAGGCACAUGUUGUAGCAGGCAGAAGAUGAUUGAUUCCCUCUUUUUAAUCCAUGCAAACCAAAACUGUUUCACCCAGUGUGCUCUCAGAAGAUGUGCUCAAGUUUAAUCCAGUGUAAUUUACAGCCUGUCAGCCACCAACUUGUUGCCUUUUCCAAAUGUGUGCUGAGAUUCCUCUGCUACCCUUAAAUUAGAGGAUGAUCGGUGUGGGAUCAUCUCCAGCAAAACAGCCUGUUGAGGCAUCAGGCAUUUUUCCUGCAGCUGCAGAACAUGUCUCCAUGCUGAGCUGAGCCAGGUCUUCAAUAAGACCUUUGCAAAUAGUUCAGUAUAACUGCUUUUUACUGAAAGAUAAGGAUUUUCUGGUUUAGGAAAACAAAUCCAUUUCUUGGUGCAGAUCACCAGUGCUUCUGCCCUUCUCAUUAACACAGUUUCUUCAAGGAAAAUCUUUUAAAAGGGACCUUUAGUCUCUCUAGCAGAUUAUACUCUUGUAGGGGUCUUGCCUUCAUCUAUGGAUUUAAUGGCUUAAUAAGCAUUAGACCCUCCUAUUAUACUGUAACAAAUAGGAAUACAAUACUUUUAUCAAUAUUUGGCACAGUUACCUUAUUUAUGUGGAACUAAAUAUUGAUGCUGUCAAGCGACUGCAGUUUAGGGGCAUAAAUUACAAAUAUUCUUCUCCUGUGAGCCUCGCUCAAAUUUUGCAUUCAUAUACAGUAACCAUAUAAUGUCUUUCUAUUCCUGUAAGCCAUAUGAUUUGAUUGCCAGAUUACAUGAUUCUGUAUUGUGCUUAGAUGUCAGUGUUUUUAUUGUUAUUACCAAUAUUACCUUUUAUUCUUACUGUAAAUGGUAACAAAGUUAACUGCUUCCUUACACUAUAAAAGGAACAAAGUCCCAUUUACAGAAUGUCUCUAAACAGAAAAUAUCUCUGGGAAAAAAAGGUAUGCUGAAUAAAUAAUUCAUAACAUGAUGGGUGAGUAGAAAAAAAAGCUCUUUUGAUGUAUUUUGCUACCCAGAACAAAACUGGAUUUUUAAAAUAAAGUAACUGGCUAUUUUAAUGGGGAACAAAACAUGCUUUAAAGAAGAAUGAUUGCAGGGGUGUCAGUUCUCUAUGUUAUUUUCACCCAUUUUGAACUUUUAUAGGUAACACAACACUUGUGAAAUUGAGGAAUCCGUUCACUUCAUUUUCCUGAUUCUUUUCUUUUUCUUUGUUUUGUUCUCCUGUUUUUCCAUUAGCUUAUUUCUUGGCUUAUUUUCUAAAUUAAAUGUCAACCCACCCACCCAAAGGAAACCACAACAUAGCAAAGAUUUCAGAUUGCAGCAAAGCAAAAUAGCCCUUCUAUAAUAUAAACAGACAGCAAAUAAAUUCCUAAAGGCCUUGGAAUUACUAAGUCUCCCAGCUUGAAGCUGUCUAUAUUUUCAGUGCAUUAUGAUCCAGAUUUCCACGUAAGUAUAUACAAUAAAAAGAUAUCCGGAAAGCAUCCCUGAGAAAAACAGCAUGUGCAUUUUCUUUUUUCUCACAGAACUGGAGGAUCUUCAUCAACUAAACAGUAAACAUUAAAUGAUCAUUUCUUGCUAAGUAGUGAAGAAAUACUUUGGGAAAAUAUCUGGGAUGGCUCCAACAGCCUGGAAGGAGGUGUAGGCGAGUCUUACACUAGGGUAACCCUGGGAUGGGGGCAAAGAGCAGAAGCCAGUGUGCAGGGUGAUGAAAUUGAGACACAGCAAGAUGUAUUUUCUGCUCAAACUAAACCAUUGAAUCAGAUCUUACAGUAGUUUUUGCACAUAAAGAAGUCAAUCCUGGAUUGAAUUCGGGUGAAAUGACAACCAGCUAGUCUAAAACUCCGGAGAGGCUCUUAAAUUAUCAUUGGUGGUGGAGGGGAGGUGCUAGCCCAGGGCUGGCUGGUGAAUCGCACUUUUUUUGUCCAAGUCACAAAUUACAGCCAGUGGAGCAGCUGUGCAUGGGUGGCUUGUAGGGAGCAGAUAAACCACUUGGGAGUAACUUCUCGUUUGCAACUGGCAUCAAAAAUAGCACGCCUCUGCCAACUACGUUAUUAUCCAUGUAAGUCCUUUUUGCCUUUAACACAGAAAACUCGGCACCGGAUGGGCUGGUUGUGGGAGGUGGCGCCUCCAGUUCUGGGGAACAGGGCGGUUGUGCUGCCUCAUCAGGUGAGUGGUUUAUCGCUGACAGAGCGGCGGUGACGGGCCGCAGAGUCACUGUGAAAGCCGCUCUUUAUGUGACAGUGAAGCAAAGCGGCGCGGAGCACCGCUCAACACCGCGCACAAACAAGCAGGCUGCGACUACCAAUCUUUAUUUUAAAGUGACACAGCCGGUCGCCUGCCGUUGCCUCCGCGACCCGAGGCUUACCGCCGAGCUCUGAGGCUGAUCUCCGCCUUCCCCCGUCCCAUGCCCGAUGGCGGCGCCGCGGCGCCCGACCCCUCAAGUGGCCGCCGAGGCGCCGCGAACGCCCACCGCCGGGGCGGGUCGGGCCGCGCGCCGCUUCCCGCCCUUUCCCUGCCUCAGCGGCUGCGCGCCGCGGGCACUGGCGUCCCCUCAGCCGCCUCAGGCCCGCCCUAGCCGGGCGCUUCCCGGCGCGACAGCAUGGCUGGGCCCGCGCCGGGGCCGCCGGUGAAGGUGCUGGCCGCCCAGCUGCGGGGGGCGGUGCGGGGCGCCAGCGGGACAUGGCAGCUGUCCCGGGCGGAGGCGGGCCGGGCGCCGCUGAGCCUGCGGGCCGUCUGGAUGCAGGGCACCGUGCUGGAGGUGGAGCGGGGCGGCGGGCGCGGCGGCUCGGCCCGGCUGCAGGACGGCAGCGGCACCUUCACCGUGCUGGGGGUGGAGGAGGUUCCCAAAGGGCGGCCCUGCCUCAGCGCAGGGAAGUAUGUGAUGGUGAUGGGUGUGGUGCGGUCCUGCAGUCCUGAGCCUGUUCUUCGAGCAAUAAAGAGCAUUGGGCCAUUCUGUGUAUUUGUGGCUUCAAAUGACCACCAGUCACUCUUGGAGUAAACCGAAGAGAGAAGUCAGGCUCAGAUUGCUGGACAAUAUCUUGAAUUUUAUCCAGGUAAAGCGGGAGCUUGCUUCUCAGUAUCUGCCUGAUUCCACUUCGCUUCCACACCUGGGCGACAGCUCUACCCACACUGUGGAGGAAUCUUGCUACCUUUUGCAAGGCUAUUGAAGGCCAGCCAGCUGCUUCAGACAGAAAAUCAACUUGCUGCACCUACAGUGGUUCCCAGAAAACAAGAAACAUCAAAAUACAUAGUGAUGACAAGCAAAGCUUUGACUCCAUUCUAAGGCAAUUCUGAACUCCUCAGUGUUGGUGCAGAGAUAUAGGAUCUUUAUCGCAAAACAUGUUUUUUUUGUCUGUGUAUGAAUUGCAGGUUAGCAUGGGAUUAACUAUUUAAAUGUUUGAGCAAAACAAAACAACUGCAUGCAAUAGAAUGAUGUUUAAUUAACACUACACAAACAUUUCAUGGUGCUUUCACAGGUGAUGUACAGAUACUUACUGUUCUCCUGAAUCUCCACAUAUAUCCAUCAAACUUCUUAAUCUUCUCCAUCAGUUUAGCUUUCAUAAGGCUCCCAAUUUCAUUAAGUUUGUUCUGUGAGACAAUGGAAAAAAAAACCUUGAAUGAGGUUUUGCAAUGAUUUAGAUCUUUGAUUUAGAAUAUGAUCUCUAUCAUGGAUCUAAAUCAUAGAUCUGUAAUUUAGAAUUGCUUGUGCUGGGUCUAAAUCACUCAAAGUUUGUACCAGUUUAAAUGCCAGCAAAGAUCCACAGUGGCCUCCUAUUUCUCAGGGGAAAUGACUUCUGUAUUAUUCAGUGGUUAGAAAUGGGAACAGAAGAGUCUAAGGAUGAAGAACUGAGCAGCCUUCUCCAAACAGAGAGUAUGUGAACCCCUAUUAGAAGUAAAACCACAUUCAGGAAUUCUAAUCUUAGUUUUGUAACCAACAUGCUGAACCGCUCUGGCACAUUACUGCUACUCUCGCUUUAUUUAGUUAUGCUCUUCAGAGAAGAACGCCCUAAGUGGGAGUCCCAUAUGUUCUGUGCUUUCUAGGUAUGGCUGAGCUUUUCAAUUCUCACCAUGGUGUCUUUUCACACCAAAGUGAAAAAUAAUGUUAUUAUGAGUUUAAAAAUUGCAUAAUUCCCCUGUUUGCCUGCUUACUCACCAAAUCUUGUACCUGAAGCCUGCCUGGAAGGUGUUCCACCAGACUGACAAGAUUAAACAAUAUUCUGGAAAAAUCACACCACAAUUAACUGUUCAAUAUAUUCAUCAAUGACCUGGAUGAUGGGAUAGAGCGUAACCUCAGCAAGUUCUCUGAUGAUACCAAGCUGGGAGGAGUGGCUGAUACACCAGAAGGCUGUGCUGCCAUCCAGUGAGACCUGCACAAGCUGGAGAGCUGGGCUGAGGGGAACCUGGUGAGAUUCAACAAAAGCCAGUGCAAGGCCCUGCACCUGGGGAGAAACAACCCCCCGCACCAGCACAGGCUGGGGGUGACCUGCUGAACAGCAGCUCUGCUGAGAAGGACCCGGGAGUGCUGGUGGGCAGCAGGUUGACCCUGAGCCAGCAAUGUGCCCUUGUGGCCAAGAAGGCCAACAAUAUCCCGGGUUGCAUAAAAAGGAGUGUGGCCAGCAGGUCGAGAGAGGUUAUCUUCCCCCUCUACUCUGCCCUAGUGAGACCACAUUUGGAGUACUGUGUCCAGUUUUGGGCCCCCCAGGUUAAGAAGGACAGGGAACUGCUUGAGCAAGUCCAUCAGAGAGCUACCACGAUGAUCAGGGGGCUGGAGCACCUCCCUUAUGAGGAAAGGCUGAGAGACCUGGGUUUGUUCAGCUUGGAGAAGAGAAGACUGAGGGGGGAUUUCAUCAAUACCUAUAAAUAUCUAAAGGCUGGGUGUCAGGAUGGUGGGACUAGACUCUUUUCAGUGGUGCCCAAUGACAGGACAAGGGGCAACGGGCACAGGUUGGAACACAGGAAGUUCCACCUAAACCUGAGAAAAAACUCCUUCCCUGUGCGGGUGCCAGAGCAGGGGCACAGCCUGCCCAGAGAAGCUGUGAAGUCUCCUUCCCUGGAGGCAUUCAAACCCUGCCUGGAUGCAUUCCUGUGCCCCCUGCCCUGGGUGUGCCUGCUCAAGCAGGGGGGUUGGACGAGAUGAUCUCCAGAGGUCCCUUCCAACACCUAUCAUUCUGUGAUUCGGUGAUUAACUGCCGCUGAAGGGUCUCACCUCAGCCUUAAGAACUGGAUCCCCGCAUCCAUGAGACAGAAAACUCAAGCUUCCGUUAACAGCUGUCAGAGUCAUUUGUCCCAUGUUUUCUUGCCUUUCACCAUUAAUGUUGAGAUAGGUAUUAACAGUAGCCAUCUGUUGCCCAUCAGUACAAGCACUGACUUCCAUUCCUUCUUCCAAAUCCCCUUAGGGAAUGAAAAGAGAGCUUCAUUUACAGGAACAACAUUGACAGGCAUUGUCUCAAAGUCAGCUUUUUAAUUACUUACGUGAUCAAUCAGUGUCUGAGUGUGUUAAGUGUUUGUGGGAAAAAAAAAAGACAUAAACAGGAGGAAAUUAGAUAAGUAUCAGUGAUUUUUCUCUUCUGUGUGGCUUGUGAAUGAUUUACAAAUACAGAUUUGCUACUGCGAAGAAAGCACUGAAUUGCUAUAAAUCUAAAUAAUUCCCUCAGUCACAGUGAUUCACAGGCUUUUUUCUAGUCUUCCACUGUCCCUUGCUGCUGACAUUUCAAAACAGCUUAGACCAUAAAUGAGUGUCAGUCACUCAUCCACCCAUCACACACAAAAGCUGUUUCUGCUCAAGUAGUGAUGAGCAUAAACAGAAAUUGUUGGUGAAGUGCACAUAGAAUCUGGGUUGAGAGAGUUGAGUUGAAUCAUUUCUACAAACUUAUGGCUUCAGUAAUUCACAAACCCUCUUUCCUCUCGGUUGUUAGUCAGAAUUGACUGCUGCUGAGAAAAAUCACCUGCAGAGGGUGAUUUAAUACAUCUGUUUCAGCAUGGGGUAGAGUCAGCCUCUGGAGGUGCCUUUCUCUUUCCCUUCAUUGAAAUUGGAAUGUAACAAUUAUCUUAAACGAGGCACACAACUUUAAGAUGGCUAAACAAGAUGAAAUGAAGCCUAUUUUCAGUCACUAUCUAUUCUAAUCUUUCUCUGGCUGGUAAUGAUAUAUAUCUGUCUCCCAAACUGACCAUUGUGUAACAAGUUUUAAGCUUCAGUUUUUCAUUAUCUGAAAGACCAUAGCUUGAAUCGCCAUGCAACUGAGCUGGCUUAGCGCUAGAGAGACAUAGCCUUUCUUCCUGCCUCUUCAUACCAAUGACAGCUGUGAAUCAGAGAAUCAUAGGAUAUCUCAAGUUGGAAGGGACCCAUAAGGAUCAUCAAAUCCAACUCCCUGCUCCUUGCAGGACUACCUAAGACUAAAUCAUAUGACUAAGAGCAUCAUCCGUGAAGGUACGUACCUUUCAAGUAUCCCAUGUAGUACUGAAAACACUCAUUUCCUUUAGAAGCAGCUACUUUUACUUUCUCUUUCUGAUCAAUAAUCCCCUCCACCAGGAUUUGGCUCUGAACAGACGAGGAGGUGGCAGUUCCUGUCAGGCCUAGCCAAAUAUCUUCAAAGGCUCUUAACUGCAGCCAUAAAGGAAAAACUUUUAUUUAAAGCCACCACACAGAAUUAAUGAACGUUCAGCGAUGAUGCUCAAAUAUCAGUGCAUCGCACGGAAGGCUAAGUGGUAAGGGAACUGUUUUCCAAUGCUUGUGCCCUACACACGAGUUACACUCUUAAGAGAGGUACAAGCAUUAGGAUGAUUGGCUCAGGAGCUGAAUGACUGGAUAGCAUAAGGCUUGUGGACAAAAUAUUAAUGGUAGCAAUGAAAGAAACAAACAGUCAGUUCCCUGUAAGGCUGCUAAUUUGUGCCAUUUAUUCCAAAACAAAGACUAGAGAAAGCCCAAGUAGAGCAGCUGAUACUUCUUUCAUAUCCCUUCUUGCUAAAGAAAGAGGGGGAAAUAAUUUAGUAUUUGUCCUAGCCUGUUAUUGAUUAAAUCAUCUUUUUGUUAAGGGGUGGCCUAUUGUCUCAGUUAAUUAUGAUGUUCCUUCUACUUUUCUGCCCCACUCUGUUGCUACCACAAGCUUCUCCACAUUCUUCAUUUCACAGAAAAUUAAGAGCAAAUGCAAAAUAGAGGGGGAGAGAAAAAGGAAGAGUUUUACCUCAGGAUGCGCAUCAUAGUAGAUUUUCUGUGCCUUUCUUAAGGCCAGUUCUUUUUUCUGGCAAAUGAUGCUUUGUAUGAGUCUGUAUGAGUAUGGUGCAAUAAAACAUGCUUCACCAAACAGAGCAGUCAUGCUGGUGAGCUAUAAUAACACACAGCCUCUUACAACUUCUAUAUACUCAUCCUGAUUUCAGCUUGGAUAGAGUUAAUUUUCUUCCUAGUAGUUGGUAUAGUGCUGUGUUGUUUUGGAUUUAGUAUGAGAAUAAUGUUGAUAACACACUGAUGUUUUAGUUGUUGCUAAGUGGUGCUUACACUAGCCAAGGACUUUUUCAGCUUCCCAUGCUCUGCCGGGUGCACAAGAAAUUUGGAGGGGACACAGCCAGGACAGCUGACGCCAACUGACCAAAGAGAUAUCCCACACCAUAUGACAUCAUGGUCCAUAUAUAGACUAGGGAAAAGCUGGCCAGGGGGCCACUGCUCAGGAGCUGGCUGGGCCUUGGUCAGCGGCUGGUGAGCGACUGCAUUGUGUAUCACUUACUUUGUAUAUUUUUUAUUAUUAUUAUUUUACUUGAUUGCAAUUACUAAAUGAAUUAAAUGCAAUUAAAAAAUGAAUUUUUUUCA